CUGCGUCCCCGCGGAUGCAUAACCCCGUUUUCCACGGUAUGUCAGUGUCCUUUGAACAGCCAAGGCUCAGCAGCUCCAUGGGAUGAGUGCAUUCAGUUCCAAGGACUGGCAGUGCUUUUUGCUUUUGAAGUGACACCAUGUGAAUAUGCUAAGGGGGAAGUGAGUCUCUGCUUACCUUGACAGCAAGGACAGCUCCAUCCAGGAUCUUGAGAAAAAAAAAAAAAAAGAAAUAAGAAUCGUUCUUUUGGCUUCAGACUUUGAGGUAACAGCUCUCUGAAGACAGGCUUCUUCCAAACCUGGUACAAAACUGGUGCUUUUGGAAAUGUGAGUUCUGUAUCAGCUUCCUGGGUUCUGCUCUUUGGUCAAACAAAAUGCUGGCUGUCAGUCCCCAUCUGACAGUUUUCACAAGACCCUCAUCAGAGGGGAGCACUCAGGGAAGCAGCAGCCUGUCCUUCUGGCCAGGCUACCUGGGCCCACAUCACUUCUCCAGCCUCAGCAAAGACACUGGAUUUGCCGAGCCUCAACUUGUCAUUGCCAGCUGAGCCCUGGAAGAGCUGAGAGGAGAUCCUCAGGGUCCCUGGUUCUGCUGGGUCGGUGGUGGUGGGUGAAGUGAGCAAAUGCCCACAGUGGGAGAAGCGCUUGCAGCCCGGUUCAGGAGGCGGAGCAGCAGCACGGAGCAGCAGGUGAGCCUGGCAGGGCUGCCUGCAGCUUGGGACAACACACCCAUGGUCCCCAGGAGUGGCCUCCAGCAUGCAGCUGGCACCUCCUACAGAUACAAACUGCAGUGCCUCUGGACCCAGGUGAGGCAGAUCGCCAGGGAGAGGGACAAGGCCAGGCUCGGUUUGGAGAGGGCACAGAGACACUGCCUGCAGCUGGGCAGGGAGCUGGAUGAGCAGUACAUCACUCUUGAGCACACCCAGAGCAAGCUCAGGAAUUUUCAGGCAGAAAUAGAGGCAAAAGAGCUGCUUUUGCAGCAAGCAGUGAGUCACCAGGCGAAGCUGGAGGCUGCUGCACAGCUCCUCCAGGGCAAAGAGGCCAACCUGCAAGGGAGACUGAACCAUGUGAUGAAUGAGAACACACAGCUACAAAAUAAGGUCACAGAGAUGGCUGAGAAACUGUCAGCCUCUGAGGAAAUGGUGUUGGAGCUGCAAAAAGAACUCAACCACAUUGUGAAGGAUAAGCUGGAGCAGGGGGAGCCCCACAGCCCGGAGUUCCUGAAGCAGAGCGAGCGCUUUGCCGAGAUUGUCCUGGAGUACGAGCGGCAGUGCCAGAGAGUCAAGGUGCUGCACGAGCAGAACGGAGCGCUGCGAAGGGAGCUGCAAAGGCUGCGCCUCCAGCUGCAGGAGAGCAGGGCUGAGGGAGGGCUGCCAGCAGCAGAAAUGUCACUCCCAGUGGAGCAGCUCCAAGAGCAGCUGCAGGACCUGAAGGUGCAGCUGGAAACCAAGAGUGAUAAGGGCAAGGAGGAGCUCUCUCACCCAGAUGUCAAGAGGCCUCAGCUGGGCUGUGAGCCCCCUGGGCACAAGGCUGGUCACAGUGAUGGCCCUGGCACUGCCCAGCUGCAGAGCCAGAGCCUUCUGGAGGCUGAGUGGCUACGAGGAGCAGAGAUUACUGCAAGGCUGGAGCACCACCAGAGGCAUGCAGCCUGCUGGAUGGAGAUGGAGCUGCUCCAACAGCAGCUCCAGGCCUCGCAGGAAAAGCUUUUAGAAGCCAAAGCCAGCCUGAGCCUGGCCCAGGCCCAGCACGCUCUGCAGUUGCAGCAGGCCCAGGCCCAGAUAAACAACAUGGUGCCAAAGAAACAGUUUGAGCAGCUGCAAAACACCUUGAGAGAGGAACAAUGCAAGACUCAGCAGCUCCAGGAAAGCCUCCAGCUGCAGGCUGAGCAAACAUGCAGGCAGCUGGUCAGGACCCAGGAGGAACACGAGCAGCUGCUGCAGGCAGCUGUGGAGCAGGCAGAGGGGCUGGAACAGAGUCUGAGGAAUGCUGAAGCUGUGCUGGCAGAGAGGGCAGCUCAGCUUGGAGAUGCCCAGGCCCAACUCUCCAGGAACAAACUAUUGAUUGAAGAGCUCCGUGGAGAGAACAGGAGGUUUGCAAUGGCCCUGCAGGCUGCUGAGCUGAAGCAGAAGGGCAUGGAGGAGAAGAACCAGCUGUUGGAGGAACAAGCCUCAGCUCUGAAGCAGCUUAUUGGUAAAAUCACACCAGCGUCUCUGAAUGGGUGAUGGGACAUCUGCAGUGGCAGCCCCUGGUCCUUCCUGGUCCUGGUCAGGUGCAGAAUGGGAGAUACGGCUGGGUUGGAAAAUCAGCCUUGUCCUCUCUGGUCUUGCCAGGAUUUUCCAGUGCAGAAAAUACCAAAUGGGAAGCCUAGAGUCCUUUGAGGAAACUGGUCUUGUGGGUAGCUGAAUUUUCCAACUGAGAGCAGCAGCCUUGGUGCCUUUCCCAGUGGCAGAGUGUUGUUAUGUCAUGUCUGUCUCAGGGCAGCCAGCUCACAGGAUUUUGGCAGUGUUUGGUGUUGGUGCAGAUGCUCCCUCUCUGCAGAAGGUCGAUAUUGGAGCCACAGUUAAUCUCGAAAGCCAGGGCAGAAGGGCUUGCAGGACCCUGUGCUUGGUCACUCCAAGCAGGAAAGCUGAGUUGUGACAUUAAAAAGUUUGUAAUGUUACAGCA